GAGUGAGUCAUGGCAUCAGUUAGAAUUCUACAGAUAUGGAACCCUGAUUAUCAUAGAAUCUGCUCAAAAUGCACUGCUGCAAAUCAAACGCAAAACACAAAGCAACUUGUUUUAUCAAUACCCAUUUCGAGAAGGUGUGCAAUAUUAGUCUCUUCAGUGCCUUUCAGUCUCAUUUCCCUGCCCCAUUUCUCAGAGGCUAGAGAGAGACGCAACAAGAAGACCAUCCCCAUUGAAGACUAUCUCUCUACCCCUGAGGGAUUGAAAUACUAUGAUGUUGUCGAAGGGAAGGGUCCAAUGGCAGAAAGAGGAUCAACUGUAAAGGUGCACUUUGACUGCAUAUAUCGUGGAAUUACAGUUGUUUCAAGUCGAGAGUCUAAACUUUUAGCUGGGAAUCGUAUAAUUGCCCAGCCAUAUGAAUUCAAGGUUGGAACUACUCCAGGGAAAGAAAGGAAACGAGAGUUUGUAGACAACCCAAAUGGUUUGUUUUCUGCACAAGCUGCACCAAAACCCCCACCAGCUAUGUACUCAGUAACAGAAGGAAUGAAAGUGGGAGGAAAGAGGACUGUCAUUGUUCCUCCAGAGGCUGGCUAUGGCCAGAAAGGAAUGAAUGAGAUCCCGGCAGGAGCCUCAUUCGAGCUAAAUAUUGAGCUUUUGCAAGUGAUGCCACCCGAAGAAAAGUAAAGCCUACUCUGCAUUGAUCAAUAUAUCGUGGCAAACCGCAAAUUCACUAGUACAUUCUUUUGAAAAUAGCACCUGAGGAGCGGGGCAGUGAAAGUGGCCUUCAACAUUCCAGUUGCUCCACUCUUGGUCUCUCGCCGUCUGAACUGAGAUUGUCCUUGUAAUUUACAUUCCCUAUAUAUCUUAAACAAGGUUUUGCUUUGCUUUGCUUUGGGUAUAGACUAUACACCUGUUUAUUUUGAUGCCCUCUCAGGACGUUAAUAUAAAUCCUAUGUCAAAUAUCAACGAAGAAGAGCGUAAAAAAAAACAAAAAAACCAAAAACAGUGACCCAGUAGUGACUAGAAAGCUGACUUAAAAAUGGUUAACU